UGGGUCAGACGUAACUUCGUCUCGAAGGAAACAGAAUUAAUUUAAGUAGGCGUUUGUUUUCUCUUUUGAUUGAUUCAAUUUGGAGGCACUACCCCUAAGAAAUUUUUCAUGGUUUCUCUUUUCUUUUUCUUCCUCUGUAAAUACUAAUAAAUUUCAGCUUCCUUUCCUAAUUUUUUUGGGUAAUUAUGGAGGAAAUCAAUUGGGAUAGCCUGUUCCUUGAGCUUGACUCUCCCGAUUUUCGAAAUAUCUUAGAAGACGAACCAGAACCGCCUCAACCUUCGUCCACCGCAUCUCCCGGUGAAGAACCGGUGGUGAAUUCGUGGGUCGAUGAGAUCGAGAAGGCUUUGAUGGAGGACGAUCAAUUUGAUGACAGGGUCGAGAUUCAACCUGUCUCUGAUGAUUUUUUGGCAGAUAUACUGGUUGAUUCACCUCCUAGUAACAGCGAUGAGACCAUCGAUGAUGCUGCUUUCCACAAACAACACCGGACCCGCAUCACCAUUGAUAAUGAUGAUCCCAUUGCUAAGAAACAGAGAAGGCAGUUGAGAAAUAGAGAUGCAGCUGUGAGAUCAAGGGAGAGGAAGAAGAUGUAUGUUAAGGAUCUGGAGAUGAAGAGUAGGUAUUUAGAAGGGGAAUGUAGAAGACUGAGCCGCAUGCUUCAAUGCUUCAUUUCAGAGAAUCAAGCUCUUCGUCUUACUUUGAGUAAGGGUUGUGCAUUUGAUGCAUCCUCGGCCAAGCAGGAGUCUGCUGUGCUCUUGUUGGAAUCCCUGCUGUUGGGUUCCCUGCUUUGGUUCCUGGGCAUCAUGUGCCUCUUCACCCUGCCAACGCUGCCCACGUCUCUUCUGGAGGCAGUUCCACUGGCGAACAAGGAAAAAAGAGGUCCGGAAAGAAGAGGGGCAGGGAGUAGGCUACUGGGACAGUCCUUUGUGAAGAGUAGAAGAUGCAAGGCAUCAAGGACAAAAAUGAAGGAAUUUCAUGUUUCUAGAAUUUUAGUUCCACUUUAAGUUACGGGGAUGGUGAACAGGUUUAACUGCUGGUAUGAUAGGCUUCUAUUUACUUAUUUUGUAAACCUAUAUUUUCAAAUCGGCACUCUCGGUCUAUGUUUUUGCCUUCAAAACUUUUCUUUUGUGCAUUUAGUUUGCAUAAUAAGAACAAUAGAAAUAUUAGUUUA